AUGACAUCAUUACCAUUAGCUUCAUACUCUCAACAGCUAGUUAGCCUACUUACGGGUUUUGAGGAGAACUCUGAUUCUUGGAAGAAAUGCGUGAAUAAGACAAAAACAAAACUUGCUCAGCAUCGAUUCACGAGUACUGAUGAAUAUAAUAUUGACACACGCUAUAAAAAUAUCCAAGAGAAAUUCUCGAUUAAAAAUAGAGAACGAUUAGGACAGCUUCUCGAGAAGUACAAAGCUGAGCUAUUAGAUGAAUCUAGGCCAAUUGGGUCGUGUAUAUCGAACCAAAGAAUCUUAAAGUAUGAUAUGCUAGCUCUCAUCCUUGCUUGUUCUCCUUCUCUCGCUUACAAUUAUCAAGAGCCCUCCUCAAUACCUCAGCCAGAAAAGAAAGAGUUGACUUGGGCAGAUAUAAUAGCAGAAGAUCCCUUGGAAGGGGAUCAUUGGGCACAGAAUGAAGAUUUAUCCUCAGAUGAACUUAUAGAAGAAUAUGAUUCGGACGAAUUGAGAGAUAAGGCUAAGGAAUCCAAGAAACUUAAGCUUAAGCUUGGGCGUAGGCGAAUUGAUCCACCUGCAUUAACAGCUGAAGAAGAGGACGCGUAUUAUGCAAGUCUCAUAAAGAUUGAUGAUAGAGCAGAUCCUGAUACUCUAGAAGAUAUGGAGUCAUUGCAGUAUUGGAGAGAUGAUUAUUACUCGCCUAUGGAAAUAUCUGGAGUUUCUUCAAUGCAAGAUCCAAGCCAGUUAAGUGAAUCCCUAAGUCACUAUAACUACGGAGAAUACUGCACAGAAAGCCUAGAGUAUCUUGAUGAGGCAGAUAUGGUUCGUGAGGUCUUGUUUCUCUUAAAAGGGUACAAAGGAGUUGUGUUUAAGGAAACAUCCGAAAGAGAAGAUGAACAGAUAUCUUCCGACAAGUUUUAUGUUGAUCCAUCUUAUACAGUUCGCCAUCUCAGUCACCGAUUGCUCACCACGUUUUUGGGAGAGUUCUGUGAAACUGGAAACUUGCUAGCAGAUCUUCGUCAAUGUAUCUAUAGUAUCUUGGAAAAGCCAUCGAAUAUUUAUGGUCAAACUUGCCAGGCAUUCUCCACAGCAGUAAUUAAUGGAUUGAACGAAUUCGAAAAUAUCCUUUCUGAUUUAGAAGCUAAAUGUAGCUACAUUGCUUAUGAAAAAGACCUGUCUAUAUCACUCCUUCAGAUAAAACAGACAUUAAGUGAGCCAAUACAACGUUUCAAGACAAUUCAUAGCAUCCUUUUUAAUGGACCAUUUAAAGAUCAGUUUCCGGUGCCCAGGGAACUAGCAACAUAUUUAAUCUCUACACUUUAUGAUGUUUCCAUUCAUUCGCAACUAGCUGGAAAAACGCAUAGUCUUCAUAGCUUUUCUUAUCUCUUUCGCCAGACACUGGUACCAUAUGGUCAACUUAUGGAUGAUUGGAUUUUUUAUGGUACAUUAAGAGGCGAUGUUGCCCGUGAAUUUUUCGUUACAAGAAUAAUGAGCGUAAAAGAGACAAGUUUAUCCUUUUGGUCAGAGGGAUUUCGAUUACAUUUAGCUGAUCAAGAACAUACAAGUUUCUCUUGCCCACUUUUUGAAGAAAAUAUGUUGGCGCGAGUAUUCUUCACGGGAAAGGCAGAGUGCUUUAUAUCUCGAAUAUUAUCACGCAAUGAAUGCUAUGAGAUGGAAGAACACACUUUUUUUGAGACGGCCCUUAAUACAAUAUUACCUUUUAAACAUGAGUUCUUUUUCAACACAACGAGUAUAGUGGAAGAAGCUCCAGUGCCUACUAAUGUUGAUCCUUUUUCAAAAGCCGUAUUUCCUCUCGCAUUCGAACCAUAUUUUAAAAAGACUAGGGUAAAGCAUCAAGAUGUGGGCCAAGAGAUUUCAUCAGACCCGGCAGAUGAAAAAGGUUCUCUCUUAGAUAGGGACUUUGCUUAUUGCUUGGAGACGUAUAUUGGAUCGUCAUACGAACAGUCCGCUGGCAGCUUGAAUGUAAUACUGCACAAAAAUGGAAAAAUGGACCAGCACCUGAAAUGCAUUGGAUCAAUCUAUUUGAUGCUGGAAGAUAACAUGAUGGACAUAUUUUGCGAAGCUCUAUUUCUUCAGAUGGACCAUAAGCAAGCAUGGCAUGACAAACGCAGUCUCAACAAAAUAUUUUCUGAUGCAGUCAAUGCAAGUGGGAGACAAGGCGCAAAGUCUACUCUUCUUUAUAUGAAAAAACCAGACAAAGAAGAUGAGACAUCGGUGUAUCUUGACGACCAAUCUUAUUAUCUCGGUUAUAUUGUAUUCAAUUACAUGAUACCCUGGCCAAUCAAUAACUUUAUACGGCAGGCUAGUCUAGCUGAAUACAACAAGAUUACAGGUUUGCUGCUAAGAAUUAAACGCGCAAAGUAUAUUCUCGAGCAAAAAACACUGUUCCAAGGGAGAUCAAGGGUUGAGGCUCUCACAAGCACAAUGAGAUUUUAUGCAUUAAGAAUGCGUAUGAUGUGGUUUGUGAAUGUCUUUUGGGGCUACAUAAUGACUACGAUUCUUCAUUCGGAAACCAGAAAGCUGCAAAAUAAUAUUAGCUUAACUGCAGAUGCAGAUGAAAUCACUUUGCUCCAUGAUCAAUAUGUUGGGAGGAUUGUAGAUCGAUGUCUUUUGAACGAUAAGUCAAAGCCUAUCAAGAAAGCUAUGGUUCAUAUACUGAGUUUGGUAGAAAGGCUUUUUAUACUAUCUGAAACUUAUGUAAAAGCCCCUCUUGGAGAAGAGGAUCCAAACAAAGAGACCUCUGCAAAAGCAUUUGCAAAUAAGAUUGCUUUGGUGGAAAAGGAUUUUAACAGAACCAAUGAGUUUAUUACUACCAGUUUAGGAAUCCUUGGAAAGAAAGGCGGAUUCUCUUGGUUUGUUGAAUUGGCUGCAUCUCUUUCUGCCCAAUAA